AUGAAAGGCCCAGAACCCCCAGACCACCACCAGAACGUUGCAGCAGCAACACAAACCUCCCCCACAAACACAUCAUACCCUCAACACCUACCACACCAAAACCCACCUACACACCAACAACACCCACAACAAACAUCACAUCCUCAGCGACCAACGGAAUACAACCCACCUCCACUACAGCAACAACAACCACAGCAACACAGACACCAAGAACCCAGAUAUAGGCAGCAGAAACCCCCCACCAAUCAAAGACGCAAUCCACCUACACAAAAACCACAACAAGACCAACAACGGAACACAUUCCACAGAGACCCCAGACAGACACAAAACCAAGACACAAAACACACACCCACACCUGCCUCAAACCCCAUGUCCUUCUACUCCACAUCAACUCGGAAAACACCCCUACUUCCACCCCACCCAAUCACAUGA